AGAGUGUUCACACUAUAAAAAAGACAAAAAAACCUGAAGAGUUUGGUAUUAAUAAAACAGAUUACUUUAAAACAUGCAUAUUAUGUCGUCAAAAACUUGAUUUACCUUCAGCAAAAAAUUUACAAACCAAUAAUAAUCCAAAUAAUAAUGAGUAUGUUGAGCAUGAAAUUCUAUUAGAUGAUACUGUUGAUUUAGAUAAUUUAGAAGAUUAUAUUUUGACUAAACUUGAGGCAUGUGAAAAUAAUUUAGAUGGAAUUGAAAUCAAUAUUCAUGUUGUUUUACCAAGUGAGAAAUUUAAUAAUAAUGAAAUGGACCUUAUUUUUCAAGAAGUUAUUAAAAUUAUUCAAGCUGCUGAUGGAUAUAAAUGGAAUUAUCUACGUCAAUACAAUAAUCAAGAACGAUUUACAUGUCAAGGUUUAGUAAGAAUUAUUUUUAACCUAGAAAAAAUGAUUGUGCAUCUUUAUAUACGUCAUUAUGAGCUUCACUUACACCCAACUAUAAAAGAAAAUGUUGAUAAAAAAGUGAUUGAAUUUAUUAAAAAUAAUAUUCAUCUUACUUCAAGACAACUUUGGGAACAGCUACAGUAUCAAUCACAUACACUAACACAAAAACAAGUCCAUUUCUGGUGGACUACAUUUUAUCAAAAACUUUACCUUUGUGAUGAUGAUCAGUUUAUUUCAACAACUUAUUUGCUACAAGAAGAUAAAAAUUAUUUAUUAUUAUAUAGUAAUCAAGAAAAUGGAAUUUUUGAAAUUGCAUUUACUACUCCAUUUUUACGAUUAUUACAUAAUAAAUAUGAAGAAAUAGCCAUGGAUGCUACAUACAAAACAAAUAAAGCUGGAUUUGAACUUUAUGUAGUUAUGGCGAAUAUAGAAGACGUUGGUUACCCAUUGUCAUAUUUAAUGUUAAAUUCAUUAACAUCUAUGACAAAUAAACGUGGUAAUUCAAUUAAACUUACAUCUAUACAUCGAUAUACAAGAUAUCUAUUUGUUUAUAUCGAGCAUGUUAAUACUAAACUAUUAGAUUCUUCAACUAUUGAAUUAGAUAUUAGUUCAAAUUCUGACAAUA